GUCUCUCCCGCUGGCCCCGGCCGCGGCGUUCCCAGGCAGCGCGCGCAGCGGCCCCGCGCCCCGCAGCGAGAGCGCCAUGGAGCGGCCGGCGCCCCUGGCCGUGCUGCCCUUCUCGGACCCCGCGCACGCGCUGAGCCUGCUGCGCGGGCUGAGCCAGCUCCGCGCGGAGCGCAAGUUCCUGGACGUGACCCUGGAGGCGGCGGGCGGGCGCGACUUCCCGGCGCACCGCGCCGUGCUGGCGGCCGCCAGCCCCUACUUCCGCGCCAUGUUCGCCGGGCAGCUGCGUGAGAGCCGCGCGGAGCGGGUGCGCCUGCACGGCGUGCCGCCCGACAUGCUGCAGCUGCUCCUCGACUUCAGCUACACGGGCCGCGUGGCGGUGAGCGGCGACAACGCCGAGCCGCUGCUGCGCGCCGCCGACCUGCUGCAGUUCCCGGCCGUGAAGGAGGCGUGCGGCGCCUUUCUGCAGCAGCAGCUCGACCUGGCUAACUGCCUGGACAUGCAGGACUUCGCCGAGGCCUUUAGCUGCGCGGGGUUGGCGAGCGCGGCUCAGCGCUUCAUCCUGCGCCACGUGGGCGAGCUGGGCGCCGAGCAGCUGGAGCGGCUGCCGCUGGCGCGCCUGCUGCGCUACCUGCGCGACGACGGGCUGUGUGUGCCCAAGGAGGAGGCCGCCUACCAGCUGGCGCUGCGCUGGGUGCGCGCCGACCCGCCGCGCCGCGCCGCGCACUGGCCGCAGCUGCUCGAGGCCGUGCGCCUGCCCUUCGUGCGUCGCUUCUACCUGCUGGCGCACGUCGAGGCCGAGCCACUCGUGGCGCGCUGCCCGCCCUGCCUGCGCCUCCUGCGCGAGGCGCGCGACUUCCAGGCGGCGCGCUAUGACCGCCACGACCGCGGGCCCUGCCCCCGCAUGCGCCCGCGCCCCUCCACCGGCCUCGCCGAGAUCCUCGUGCUUGUGGGGGGCUGCGACCAGGACUGCGACGAGCUGGUCACCGUUGACUGCUACAACCCGCAGACGGGCCAGUGGCGCUACCUGGCUGAGUUCCCCGACCACCUGGGCGGCGGCUACAGCAUCGUGGCGCUGGGCAAUGACAUCUACGUGACGGGCGGGUCUGAUGGCUCCCGGCUCUACGACUGCGUGUGGAGGUACAACUCGAGUGUGAACGAGUGGACGGAGGUGGCGCCCAUGCUGAAGGCCCGCGAGUACCACAGCUCCUCUGUACUGGACGGGCUGCUGUACGUGGUGGCCGCGGACAGCACGGAGCGCUACGACCACACCACUGACUCCUGGGAGGCCCUGCAGCCUAUGACCUACCCCAUGGACAAUUGCUCCACCACUGCCUGCCGCGGCCGGCUCUACGCCAUUGGCUCCCUGGCUGGCAAGGAGACCAUGGUGAUGCAGUGCUACCAUCCGGACACGGACCUGUGGUCGCUGGUGGACUGUGGCCAGCUCCCACCCUGGUCCUUCGCCCCCAAGACGGUGACCCUGAAUGGACUCAUGUACUUCAUCAGGGAUGACUCUGCCGAGGUGGACGUAUAUAACCCGACAAAGAACGAAUGGGACAAGAUCCCCUCUAUGAAUCAGGUGCACGUUGGGGGCAGCCUGGCCGUCCUCGGAGGGAAGCUGUACGUCUCGGGGGGAUACGACAAUACGUUUGAGCUCUCUGACGUGGUGGAGGCCUAUGAUCCGGAGACUCGGGCAUGGAGCGUGGUGGGGCGGCUCCCAGAGCCCACCUUCUGGCACGGGAGUGUCAGCAUAUUUCGCCAGUUCAUGCCCCAGACACCCUCUGGCGGGCGUGGCUUUGAGCUGGACAGUGGCAGUAGUGACAUGGAUGUGGGGCGGGGGCACCGGCCGCCACAGAACCCUGGUGAGCUGCACUAGCCCCGGCCUGGCCCAGGGAGGGCCUCGGUGCAGGUAACCCAGCACCUCUGGGGGCAGCGACCCCCUCCUUCGCACACGAGGACAGGUUGGCCUCACCAGGUGGAGCAUUGGCUCUUGGGCUGCUGACUGAGCCUCAGGAUCUGACGCCUGGAGAGUUUCUGUGCAUUUAGAGCCUGAGUCAUGGCUGCUGGGGCCAAAGCUGGUUGCGAAUGCCUCUCCCUUGGCCUGGAAGAGAUGCCUCCUUGCUGGACGUCUCUGGCUCCAGCAGGUCACCCCCAGCCUCAGACCCAUCCCUCACCAAUGCAGCUCACACGCCUCCUGCUGCCACUACCUGCGCCUGCUUGCUCCCACCUCGGGAGAGGAGGGCCGCUUCUGAGGUACGAGUGGAGGGGGUGGGGUCCUCCCGUGAGGGUCUGAGAAUGGCCUGGGCCUCCUGCUUUCCUGCGGACCUCGCUGUCCUGGAGCAUCAGGAAUCAGGCAGACGAUAGCUGCAGCGGGAUCUCAAACUCCAUGUCCAGCGCUGGACGUCCCAGUGGGCCAGCUCCCCAGAUGGAGGGCAUCUGCCUGCCUAGCUCCUCGCCCCAGCUGGGGUCUCACAGCAACAUACUCCUCACAGGGGUGGGCCUCCCGGGGGUGAGCUCCGACCCAGGGGCACAGGGUGGUGCGACUGGACAGGAUUGUGGCCUUGAAGGGGGCCCUGAGGGGCCUGCUGCGUGUUUUCUGUCUCCAGUAGACCUGGGCUGAGGCAGGUGUUGGGUGUCCCCUUCCACCCACCCUACCAACUGGUGUGUCCCCACCUGGCCUGGAGACCUCUCUGGGACCUUCGUCCCAUGCCAAUGCAGGAGAGGUCAAAAGCCUGCAAGUACAAGGUCAUAGCUCCUUAUUGGGAGGCCCUGGGAGCCUUGUUGAAACCCAGCCAGGCAGACGGCUGCAGGCGCCCCCACCGGCCUGUGAGCAGAGUCCCACUGCUUCUAAAGGAAGCCCUGGGCUGGGCGGCCUCCAUGGUUGUUUGCGAGAUUUGAAGUGCAGUUCAGCCCUUCCUUAAAAGAAGGGGGGCAGCUAGAAACAGGGUCCGGUUUGUUUGGUUUUUAAUCUAUCACCAUGCCAUUGUUGAAGCUUUCUGUGGGGUGGGGGGUGGCUUAAGCUCCUCAGAAAGCCCAGGGCCAGCUCCAGGGCGCAGCAGGAAGAGCUCCCAGGAGACCUUGCGGCUCAGGGUCCCUGGUUUUCUCUGGGGAGCGUGAACAUUUCUGGAUUGGGAGGUCUUGUCCCUUCCGGUUUCCCAAAGUAGCCUUUGUUUGAAUCUGUCUUCCUUCCCUUCCAGAGAGGAGGCUGUUGGCAUUUUCCUCGUUAGAUAAAUUGAAAGCACACGUUCAUUGAGUUGCCUCCCCAGUGAACUAACCUGGGAGAUGUGUUCUCACCAGGACAAAAAGAAUUUCAGCACUGUCAUGUCACAAAUGGCACUUAGGACCCUUUUAUCGGUCAGAUGGCGCAAGUUCUUCUGGGGAGGAAGCCUUCUGGCCUGCACGCUGUUAGGUAGAGCCCCAUCGUGCCUAUGAAGAGCUCUGGCACCCUGGCACCACAGCGAGCCCUUCCCGUCCCCUUGGGGUUGUCGCUGACCCAAGCACCCACUGUGUGCUGGGCGCUGCUGGAGGUGGGCUGGUGGGGCUCCCUGGAUCAGGCCUGGCUGUGGGUUCCUGUGGGCCUCAGGGAGACAUGUGCCUGGGCUUCUUGGGGUCGGCCAGCCCCGUGCUGUUGCUUUGUGCCCCAGGCCUUGGCCCAGGUGGGUGCUCAGCCCUCUGUUCCCUUGGGGACCCUCCACUUGGUCUCCACCUUCACUCUUCCUGAUCUGGGUGUUCUCCCCUGGUGAGUCAGGGCUCCCCUGCCCCUCUCCCCCUCAGCCUUAGAUGCUCCUCUCCACAGCCCUCACUUCCCUCCCCAGGGGGUCCUGGGGCCUUUUUCUGGCCCAAGUGCCUGCCUGGCAGUCUGAGCCCACCCAGAGAUUGACCGUGCUUGGUGGGGUGGCCGUCUUGGGUUCCUUUGCAGGCAGAGGCUGCACAGGCACAGUGGUUUGUCUCCUGUCAGUGGCAGGGGGAUGGAGAGCAGGGUUGCGCUGCACAGCAUUGAUGGAUUCCUGAUUAUAUACCAGACAUGGAGCUCAGUGCCAGAGAGACUAUGUCCUGCCCAGUUGGUGUUGGGACACGGCACACAGGUAGAUGCUAUGCUGACUGCUGUGACAGGUCACCCUGGUGCCCUUCCUCGGGGCUGUCUCCCUAGAGGACCCCCUCGGCAGUCCAAGAAGGCAGGAUGGGGAGCAGAGAGUGACUGUCCUGCGGUCACUGGAGCUCACCCCACAGCCCUCCAGAUAGGUGGGGCUGGGUCUUUGUCAAGGUCAAGGAUUUCCCACGGGUGGUGACUUAAGGGUAGAGGUAUCAUAUAAAGCUUUUUUGUUGGGCCAGGGGAGCUGCAAACGCUUUCUUGUUUUUCUUACAGAACCGGCCUUUGGAGCCCGCCGCAGUGGUUAUGGUCAGCACUGAGGGCCAGGGCCUGGCCUUUGUCUGACCUUCCCGGUAGAAGCUCCCCCCUUGUGGCAGGGGCCCAGUGUCCUGGGUUCCUGCUCUUUCUCCUCCUUUGGUACUUCACCAUGACUGGCCGCCAUGUGACUGACCAUCCCGCUGUCUGGUGGCUGCUUAGAUAAUGGUUUGCUGUGAGCCAGUGAAGGAGAGAGAAGGUCGGGUGUCGUCCUCUGUGUUCACUCUCUAGAACUACCUGGGUCCCCACCACCUGGACACCCCAUCUUCGGUUUAAAAGACCAAGGAUGGGAAGUGGAGGCAGUAGCCUCGGCCGUAGCAGGUCCCUCCAGAAAUGUCUGCUCCCCUCCCCACUUCCCCUGGGCAGGGUUCUAGGCUGUGAAGCCCCUGCCACUUAAGAAUGUCUGUACACUGACUUGGGGACAGAGGCUGGGCCAACUGGGGGUGGGACUGUCUCUACAUGUUGGAUGUACACAGCUUUAUCAGUCUCAAGACAAAUUAAGUUAUAAAAAUUCAGUGACUAGUAUUUAAUACUGAUCUACUCCUAUAAAGGAUCUAUAUUUAUGACUUCAGAACUCUCACAUACUAAAGGAUACCACCUCCCUCCAGUGUCUGACAUCCAGUUCCAACCCCAGAGGAUGGGGCAGAUUUGCAUAUUUAUUUGUCUGUUCUGUAGGCUUACAUGUCCAAAAUCCUGUUUCAGGUUUUAGGAUGCCUUCAAUACAUAUUUCUUGAAAUAAAAAGAUUUCCUAUAUA